UGGUUUUACCAUUUGUUUACCUACCUACUUUAUAUACCUACUCUUUGUUGUUGUUAAAUUGCUAAUGCUUAAAUGCUAUGUUUGUGUAGUUAUUUGCAAAGAGUAUAUAUAUAAAUGUAGGUAAUUUCUACUUGUUAUAAUACGUCAUUGGUGCAUCACUAUUUUGAGUUCGAAGUUAGGUAUAUAGAAUUAGAAUAGAUUGUUUUCGCAGAGUAAUAUAAAAGUAACGGUUUGAAGCUUCGAGAACUCUUAAAAUAAACGUGCACGUUGUUUCGAUUUAAUAGUUCAAAAUGUCUAAAAUAUUUACUCCAACAAAUCAAAUUCGUUUAACUAAUGUCGCCAUAGUAAGGUUAAAGAAAGGUGGUAAAAGGUUCGAGAUAGCGUGUUACAAAAACAAAGUAUUAUCUUGGCGAAAUAAAUUGGAAAAAGAUAUUGAUGAGGUAUUGCAGACUCAUACUGUAUUUACCAAUGUAUCAAAAGGACAAGUAGCUAAAAAGGAAGAUUUGGUUAAAGUGUUUGGUAAAGAUGACCAAACUGAAAUUUGUAAACUAAUUUUAGAGAAAGGUGAAUUACAAGUUUCAGAUAAGGAGCGGCACUCUCAGAUAGAUUCACUGUUCAAAGACAUUGCUACAACUGUGGCAGAUAAGUGUGUUAAUCCUGAAACUAAGAGACCAUACUCUGUUUCUAUUAUAGAAAAAGCUAUGAAGGAUAUACAUUUUUCAGUUAAUAUCAAUAAAAGUGCCAAACAGCAGUCAUUAGAGGUAAUACCAUUAAUAAAAAAAGAAAUUCCUCUUGAACGAGCCCAAAUGAGGGUAAGAAUUUCAUUAAGUGGAAAAGAUGCUCGUAAGAUAAGAGAAAAAGCUCUAAAAAUGGCAAUGAGUGUAGAAGAGGACAACUGGGAAUCGGGAACAGCUAACAUUAUAUGUCUUAUCGAUCCUGGAAGCCUCCGAGUUUUGGACGAGUUGAUCAAGACGGAAACAAAAGGCACUGGACAGUUUGAAUUGUUGAGUUUGAAAGAAAUGAUUGAAGGCGAACAAGCCCUAUAAAAUGCAUAUUACUUCAAUUACUAUAAGGUGUUUUAUAACUUUUAAUUAAUAUAUAAUAAACUAUUAUUGUUGAUA